GCGGCGGCGGCGGCGAUGGGUGGAGUUCCGUCGAGCGGUAUGCAGCAGCCGGGCGGAGGCAUUUCGAGCGGGCGGUUUGGUUCGAAUAAUUUGCCCGUUGCUAUGUCGCAGCUAUCACAUGGAAGUGCACAUGGACAUUCUGGGAUCACCAACAGAGGGGGUAUUAAUGUCUUAGGAAACACUGCUUUUAGUAGCAGCAUGAAUGGUGUUGGGGGUUCAUUACCUGGGAUUUCAUCAAACUCUGUUACUGCUGGCAACCGCAACUCUGUUCCUGGUUUGGGAGCAUCUCCUGUUUUAGGAGGACCUAGAAUAACAAACUCAAUGGGUAGCAUUGUUGGUGGAGGGAACAUUGGGAGAAGUAUUAGCUCUGGAGGACUAUCUGUACCUGGCCUUGCAUCACGUGUAAAUUUGGCCACUAACAGUGGGUCAGGAAGUCUUAAUCUACAGGGACCUAACAGGUUGAUGGGUGGCAUGCUUCAGCAAGCACCUCAAAUGCUUAAUAUGCUCGGAAAUACUUAUCCUACAUCUGGAGGACCUUUAUCUCAAAAUCAAGUACAAACAGGAAAUAGCGCAUUAAGUUCUAUGGGGAUGCUGAGUGAUGUCAAUUCCAAUGAUAAUUCUCCUUUUGACAUUAAUGAUUUUCCUCAGUUAUCUGGGCGACCAAGUUCUGCUGGAGGAUCACAAGGACAACUAGGUUCAUUACGUAAGCAAGGAGUUGGGGUAAGCUCGAUUGUCCAGCAAAGCCAAGAAUUUAGCAUUCAAAAUGAAGAUUUUCCUGCUUUACCUGGAUUCAAAGGUGGCAGUUCAGAUUUUUCUAUGGAUUUGCAUCAAAAGGAACAGCUUCAUGAUAAUGUUUCUAUGAUGCAGUCACAACACUUCCCUAUGGCUAGAUCAGCAGGUUUCAGCUUGGGCGGGACUUACCCAUCUGGUCGUCAGCAACAGCAACAUGGCACCUCAGUUAACAAUGCUGGGGUUAGUUUCACACCUGGAAGCAAUCAAGAUCUUAUGCAUCUACAUGGUUCUGAUCUCUUUCCAUCUUCCCAUGGAAGCUAUCAUUCUCAGAUUCAAAACACUGGGCAUCCUAGUAUCGGAUUGAGACAGUUGAACUCUACGAAUCCUGCCUCUGGUAUGGGUGCAUAUGAGCAGCUAAUGCAGUACCAGCACCCGCAAAGCCAGUCACAAUUUCGUCUUCAACAGAUGUCUGCAGUCAAUCAAUCAUAUAGGGAUCAGAGUUUGAAGUCUAUGCAGGCAUCACAAGCAGCUCCCGAUCGGUUUGGUUUGUUGGGAUUGUUAAGUGUUAUCAGGAUGAGUGAUCCGGAUUUGACGUCUCUUGCAUUGGGAAUAGACUUAACAACCCUAGGGUUGAACUUAAACUCAACAGAUAAUCUUUACAAGACAUUUGGUUCACCUUGGUCUGACGAGCCUGCGAAAGGAGAGCCUGAGUAUAGUAUUCCGUCCUGUUAUUAUGCCAAACAACCACCUCCACUACAACAAGGGCAUUUUGCGAGAUUCCAGCUUUCAACUCUGUUUUACAUCUUCUACAGCAUGCCGAGGGAUGAAGCUCAAUUGUUUGCUGCACAUGAACUAUAUAACAGACACUGGUUUUACCACAAAGAGAACCAGUUAUGGUUUUCAAGAAUCCCAAAUGUUGAGCCCCUUGUCAAGACCCAACAAUACGAGAGAGGGGCAUAUCUAUGUUUUGAUCCAAACACUUGGGAAACGGUUCGAAAGAAUAAGACCCUGCCCCCGUCUCACCCCCACCUACCCAAGAAAAGAAAACACACAGACACUUACGAGGGGUUGAAGGAAAAUUUUGUGUUGCAUUAUGACGCAGUGGAGAAGAAACCUGUAAUACCUCAGCAUUAGUCAACAGUUUUUUCAAUAUAGACUUGCUCUAGUGUAGUAGUAGAAGUUGAUGGCCGAGCAAGGGAACCUCAAGCCUCCCAUCCUCAUAAAAUGUUUACCUAUUUCACCGCAAGUUCUUGAUGUACAUUGGAGAUUGCUUCUUCACUCUUAGAUUUUCUUUACCAGUGCGGGAGUUUUGUGUAAAUAAGACUCGUCAGCCUUUUUCUUUUUUUUCACUUUGAUUUGAUUCGAUUCGAAUUACGAGUGAAAAAUAGGUUUGUGAUUUCCUACAGAAACAUGAGCUAUGACAAUACCAGUGAGUUGGAAUCCAAAGGCUAGGCUUGGAGCUUUACAUGAUGUCGAUGCUUGAACUUUGUAACUUUGAAACCGGCAAAGAGAAAACUGUACCUUUUCUUGUGCUUGAUUAGCGUACGAUGAUCGUUUUUCGCGCUGAUGGCUGCAAAGAUAUAUUUCCAUAA